AAACUAAAUUAUGGGCACCAAAGACCAUGAAGAAUUCAAAAAUGCUCUUCGAGAUAUUGCUCAAUAUGCACAUAAAUUAGACAGCUCCUUUGAUCGAGUACGAUGUGCCGAAUGGGUGCGGAAACUCGCCGGAAUGCCUGAUGAUGAUCUCGAAGCGGCGAAAAUGCGAAACGAAUACGCCCAGUUUCUCCGUAUCCAAGUCUGCAACGGUUUCUUGCAUUCUCCGUUUCAAACUAAACCUCCAAUCAACAACUUAAUUUCUCUUUCCGAACGUUUGGGUGACAUCAUGUCGAAACAAAUUCCCGACUUACCCAAGGCUGGGCCCAUUCAACCCGUUAUCCAUCACCGUUCCCCCGAUGGACGUGCCUACGUUUGCGCUAAACAAAUUCCCGGAGGUGUCUUAUGUUACUUGGCAGUUAGUCCCGACGGACUAGGAUUAGACUAAUGACAUUUAUUGAAUUACAAAAACAAACCAUUAUAAGCUAAAUACAGUUAAUAAACAAUUUAGUCAUCAAAACUGA